ACUGCUGUUGCUGAGCGUAAAAAGGGGCGUUUCGGGGCUUGGCAACAUCUCUCUUGGCGGUGCCAGGUGUGUUCAAACCUGUAGCAGACAAACGCUCGCAGAUGCCUCCCAAGUCAGUCAUUAUGGGCUGGAUCUCAACUGCACAAACCGCCAACCGGUGAACGCUGCCGCCCGUCUAUUUUCAGCCUGCCCACAGGUAUGAGGGAUUUCUCAUUGACGCACUACAUUUCAGCGACAGACACUCCACCAUCCACUGUGAGUGAAAAAUAUUCUCUGUUUGCAGUUUAGUUUUGACUACUCGCAUCAGGAGGCUCCUCCAGAGACGAAACAGAGCGCGGAUAUGGCUCCAGAGUGCCGAUGGAGAGCAUAAAACCUUGAUUGUCUCCUUUUUUUCCCACCUUCUCGCCGCUAUCAACUCUCCUGCUUUACGCGCAAGAAGCGCUUGGAAUAUAUUGCAACCAAGGCAACUGUGCGCACACCAGAGCAUAAACCCGUGGGAUGACAGAGCUCGGCGGCAUAUCCACGGGUGAAAAUCAGCCUCGUAAAUGUCAAGAAGAUGAAAUUCCCAGCGGGUCGGGAGAAUAACUCAGGAGGGUUUAUUAGGCCGCGUCACUUCGCGCUUAUUUAACAACAGCAGACCGAGGCGACUCCUAACAGUUAGAUCGUUAGUUAUUUGGAAAAAGAGGGGGCAACCAUGUCCAGGACACUGAAGAAGAAGAAACACUGGUCCAAUAAAGUGGUGGAGUGCGCCGUGUCAUGGGGGAACCUGGGGGACUUCGGCUCCGUGGUGGAGGUCCUGGGAGGAGCAGAGGUGGGACAGUUCCCCUACCUGGGUCAGAUGAAACUGGACGUGCUGGUGUGUCACGUCGGGAAGCUGCCCUACUACGGGGACGUGCUGCUGGAGGUGAACGGGACGCCGGUCAGUGGACUUACAAACCGUGACACCCUGGCUGUCAUCCGCCACUUUCGGGAGCCGAUUCGCUUGAAGACCGUCAAACCAGGUAAAGUAUUGAACACGGACCUGCGCCACUACCUCAGUCUGCAGUUUCAGAAGGGCUCGCUGGACCACAAGCUUCAGCAGAUCAUACGGGACAACCUCUACCUGCGCACCAUCCCCUGCACCACACGGCUUCCUCGAGAGGGAGAGGUGCCAGGUGUGGACUACAACUUCAUCAGCGUUGGAGACUUCAGGAUCCUGGAGGAGAGUGGGCUUCUUCUGGAGAGCGGAACCUAUGAUGGUAACUACUAUGGGACCCCAAAGCCUCCGGCAGAGCCCAACCUGGUGCAGCCUGACCUGGUGGAUCAGGUGCUGUUUGAUGAAGACUAUGGUGGCGAGGUCCCCAGGAAACGCACCACCUCGGUCAGCAAGAUGGACAGAAAGGACAGUGCUGUACCCGAGGAAGAGGACGAUGAUGAGAGGCCACCGCUGGUCAAUGGAUUGCCCGAGCACAAAGAGGGGGCCGACUGGAGGAAACCAGUGCCCAGCUACACUCAGUCCAGCAGCACCAUGGACUUCCGCACAUGGAGCUCUCUUCCCCGCGAUGACAGCCUGGAGCCCCUGCCCCUCAACUGGGAGAUGGCUUACACCGAGACCGGCAUGGUCUACUUCAUAGAUCACAACACCAAGACGACCACGUGGUUGGACCCCCGCUUGGCGAAGAAGGCGAAGCCCCCUGAGAAGUGUGAGGAUGGCGAGUUACCUUACGGCUGGGAGGAAAUUGACGAUCCACAGUACGGCACCUACUAUGUUGACCACAUCAACCAAAAAACCCAGUUUGAGAACCCCGUACUGGAGGCAAAGAAGAAGCUGAGCCAGGAGACGGCUGCAAUCCAGCAGACCACAGUGGCACCUUCUCAAGGUAAGGGAGGCACGUCUGGCUUCACUGCAGACCCCAGCCAGCUGAAGGGGGAGAUGUACCACACAGCACUGAAGAAGAGCUCCCAAGGAUUUGGAUUUACAAUCAUAGGAGGUGACCGCACAGAUGAGUUCCUGCAGGUGAAAAAUGUGCUCAGCGAUGGACCCGCUGCCCACGACAAAAAGAUGGCGUCUGGUGAUGUGAUUGUUGAGAUUAAUGGGAUGUGUGUGCUUGGGAAGACCCACCCAGAGGUGGUGCAGAUGUUCCAAUCCAUUCCCAUCAACCAGUACGUGGACAUGGUUCUGUGCCGUGGCUACCCACUUCCUCCUGAUGUGGAUCUAGACAGCGAUGACCCUCUUCCUCCUCCUCCUCCUCCACCAGCCACCCAGCCCCAGCAGCCUCUGCAUGGAGGAGAGGUGGUGACGGCUGUGCCCCUCAUCAAUGGUCAGCCGUUGCUUGUGAAAGGCGACGUUCUCCACGGCUCCUCACAGGAGCUCCACUAUGUCACUACUGAUGCCAGUGGACGGCCUGUUGUGGCCGCCAUGCCCAAUGGGAGGCAGGCGGAGCGGGUGGAAGUGACCGCGGGAAUGCUGCAACCAGAGCUGGUAAGUGUGCCGUUAGUCAAGGGACCUGGAGGAUUUGGGUUUGCCAUUGCGGACUGCCCUCUGGGCCAGAAGGUGAAGAUGAUCCUAGAUGCCCAGUGGUGCCGCGGCCUGCAGAAAGGAGACGUCAUUAAGGAGAUCAACAGACAAAAUGUCCAGACACUUAGUCAUGCACAAGUGGUGGACAUCCUGAAAGACUUACCAGUGGGCAGUGAAGUCAACGUGCUGGUGUUGCGAGGAGGUCAAACAUCCCCUGUAAAGAGUCUGAAGCCUAGACAGGAAAUGACGGCCAGUAUGGAGACUUUGGAUGAUAUCACAGACUCGGCGCCCCAGGCCCUGCCUUACCACUCCAACACGAGCACACUGCGCUCCGCCGACUCCCCCAAACGAGACGUCACAGAGUUGUACCUGAAGUCCAAAGCCUUGCUGGAGAGCAGGCAGCCUCACACCAAAGACAUAGAUGUUUUCCUGAAGAGAGACAUUGAAACAGGCUUUGGCUUCCGUGUGCUGGGAGGAGAAGGUCCACAACAGCCAAAUGUAUUUCCCCAGGUGUACAUUGGGGCUAUUGUCCCCAAUGGAGCUGCAGAGAAGGAUGGUCGUCUCAGAGCGGGAGACGAGCUCAUCGGCAUCGAUGGUGUGAUGGUCAAGGGCCGUUCACACAAGCAAGUUUUGGAUCUGAUGACAAACGCUGCCCGUAAUGGUCAAGUUAUGUUGACUGUUCGAAGGAAGGUCAUCUACAGAGAUGCGACAGACGAAGAGGCUCAGGAAAUGACUCCAGUGCUGGUGAAUGGUUCUCCCAAGCUACCUCGCCUACCCAUGCCCAGUGCACUGGACCACGAGUCUUUUGACAUAACACUCCACCGUAAAGACACCGAGGGCUUUGGUUUCGUCAUCCUCACAUCCAAGAGCAAACCGCCUCAUGGAGUUAUCCCACACAAAAUUGGACGAAUCAUCGAAGGCAGUCCCACUGACCGCUGUGGCCUGCUGCACGUUGGAGAUCGUAUCUCAGCAGUCAACGGGCGCUCCAUCAUCGAGCUCUCUCACAAUGACAUUGUUCAGCUUAUCAAGGAGGCCGGCAAUGUUGUCACCCUCACUGUGGUUCCUGAGGAUGAAUAUAAGGGCCCUCCUUCUGGAGCAAGUUCAGCUAAACAGAGUCCAGCUCUUCAACACAGAGCCAUGGGGCAAAGGUCAGCACUACAGGAUGAACGUUAUAACCUGGACCUGGAGGAGAAGACUGAUGGAGUCAACUGGUCUGACCACAAAACUCUUCCUCUUGGUGAGCUGGGGACGUUGUGUGUGACUGGACCCAACCAGGGCUGUCUGACGGUGGAGUUAGAGAGAGGUCCUCGAGGCUUCGGCUUCAGUCUGCGAGGCGGCACUGAGUACAACAUGGGUCUGUACAUCCUCAGACUGGCUGAAGAUGGACCUGCUCAGCUGGAUGGAAGAAUCCAUGUUGGAGAUGAGAUAGUGGAGAUUAACGGGGAGCCGGCUCGUGGUAUUUCCCACACACGGGCCAUUGAACUGAUCCAGGCUGGAGGGAACAAAGUGGUGCUGCUGCUGAGACCUGGAGCGGGUUUGGCUCAAGAUGGCAGUCAACAUGAUCAAAAACUCAUUUCACCUACAAGCUGUUCCUCCGAGGUGUUUUACUCUGACACAUCACCCCUGUCCUCUCCAUAUCCCACCGGGGCUUCCACCUUUGUUUCCUCUCCCUUCUCCAGCAAACUGAAGCAUUCUCGCAGCUGGAGCGCCAUUUCCCCACAAGGCCGCAAGCCCCGCAGCAGCAGCAGCAGCAGGGGUUUAAGCUCCGUGGAGGAGAGUGGUGAAUGGGCAGACAAGGAGGUAGAAAGGCUCUCACCUGUCUCCCCUGAGCAUAUGAAGUUCUACAAGAGGACCAGACACACAAAAGACUCCAGAGAGCUAAGCAGCCCAAAGAAAACCGGGGAGACAUUUCCUAAAGCCAAAGAGCAACAUCACAGUCCCAAAAAGACUGAGAGUCAGGCACAGGAAGCAACACUGAGUAGGAACAGGAUGCCUCAGACACAGAAAAAAACACAACCUGCAAACCCUAGGAAGUCUCCACAAGUUGGACAGCUAGUGGUCUCGACCCUGCAGUGCACAGAGCAGCAACAAGGCCUUCAGAGAAGAUUAAAGGAUUCUUCCAGCAGAGCGAGCUUAAGUCAUGAAAAGAAAAAUGGUGAAGGGGGGAAUACUGAGAUCAGAAGAUACACACAAGGAGGGGAGAUGGAAAGGAGAGGAGAAAGGACCAGGCCAGGACAUGAGCAGGAAAGUUUUAAAAGAAGAGUAAUGGGGGAGUCUCACCACCACAGGACAUUACCUAAUAUGGUAACAGAGAGCGAGAUGGGAACAGGUAAAGACUCAGGGCACAGAAAUGGCAAUGGCAAGGGCAAACCUGCAGAGGACAGAAACACAAGUAAAGGAACAAGUAACAAAAGAGAAUCAUUGCUAUCUUUCAAAGAUAUAUGGAAUAAAAAGGUGUCUGUAGUCGCACCAAGAGAGGCUAAAGGAAGAGAAGAUACAUUUUCUUACUCCAAAGAAGAGAGUGGUAAAGAAGACUUUGUAGCCUCUAUAAACAGUAUGCCAGGAGCUCCGCAGAGCCCAAAGGGACCUAUUAGCCCCGGCCCGUGGAAAGUGCCCAGCUCAGCCAAAAUCCUCUCCCAGGCAGAGGUCCUCCGUGACCCUUUGUGAUAGAAUAUUGAAUAACCAAGACAUGAGCUGUGCCAUGGCAUAUUUAACAGCUUCCUCAGUGGAUUGUUUUUCUGAGUUCUUCCAUAAAACAGAGAAAGUGCAACACGGUGCCACUUUUAUUAUCUUCGGACCGUGGCCAGAUUUGUAUUUUGGGAGUGCUGUGACAUCACAUGUGGCAUGUAGCAACUCCCCUCUGCCUUGUCCGCUGCUUCAGCAUCUUUGACGUGGGACUUCAGCAUGUGCGGCAUGCUCGUGGCCUUGUCAGACAAGACAUUUUGAAAUGUGAAUAUGUGCCAAUCCUGGGAGCCUCCUGUGGAACAACAGCUACAAACAGCGAUUCACCCAUUACAAUGCAAUGACCCAUAUGCAACAAAAGGAGAAAGGCCCUCGCCUCUCGACUGUAGUAUACACCCAGUGUGACUGUCAUCUAGGGUUUAAUUUUGCUCUCAGUCUCAUUGUGGGAUAUUUUGACUGUCUUUUUCUUACAGGUUUGCUCAACUGCAUGCAGUCAGCGCUUCUGUUUUUUUUUUUUUUUUUUGCUGCACGUGUUCUGCACAUCACGGAGAAUGAACCUGUUUCUUGUUUAUAAUUCUCAUUCUGAACACCAGGCAGAUUAUACAAUCCAGCAAGUGUUUACGGGGUACUCUAGACUGUUCUAUGGUUAUAGUCAUGACACUCCUGCAUACAAGCAGUAUCAUUUAAAAGACCAGAAACUUGUGGUUUGAGAUCUUGUUUACCAUAUGUAUGAUAACUAACCAGUGUGUAAUUUAUUGAGGUAAUAGAUGAAUAUAUGUAUAUGUAGCUGUACCAAGCCAUUCCACAUUUUGAUAUAGACUUAAAAAAAAUUCUCCCAUGUUAUUUGAGCUUUCACCUUAUUUCCAAUGUACUUCAGUGGUAGGAAUUACCAUGGAUCUUUGUAGUUCAUGAAAUGUAUAGACGUGACGUGCAAACUGCUGUACCAAAUGUUUGCAAUCGCUCAAAACGUGUCUCAUUGUGAAAUAUAAUAUAUACAUAUAUAUUUGAAUGUGUCAUGUUUUGCAGAUUCUAACUAUCUAUUGCGUUCCAUUGCACUGCAUCUGCCCUUGUAGCAUAACAGAAUGACCAUGAGUUGUAAUUAAUUCGUGAUGUUGACUUGCUACCAAUGCAUUGCCAUUUUACUAUUGUAACAAUUUUUUAAAGCUGUUUUCAUUUUUUUUCUAAAAGGUUCACUGUUGAAGCCCAAAAUGGCAAUUUAUGUAAUUCUGUGCCAGUUCUGAGUCACGUCCCUGGUAGUUUUACCUUUGCCUAUUGAGAAAAGACAAAUUAGACUUUUAAUUCUAUGUGUUUGUCAAUCCUGCUGUGUGACUGUGUAUUAGGGUAACUUGAAGGAUGUCAGGGGCCAGAGAGUGAUGUGGCAGUUUAUUGAGAUAUUGACCAUGCUGCUGAUGUAUAGGUACUUAUACAGAGAACUCAUCAUCUUGCAUACUAAAGGCUGGUUGAGCUGACUGCUAUAAAAAUGAGAAAUAGUCAGAUUUCAUUGUUACUUUAAACGAUUAUGAAGCAACUGCUGUAAAAUCAAAGAAAAAGAAAUUGCAGUGAGCAUACUUGCUAAUACAGCUUAUAAAAUUAAGACAUUCAGAUGAGCUCAGGGAACACAGUAUCGUAGCAAUUGUGUGAUAAAGUCGUUAUCAAUGGCAGUUGGAUGGUGGGUAAAGUCUGUGAUUGUAUAAUGGAGUUUUCAGGUUUCAGAUCCCUAGAGGACGCACUAUGAGCCAAUCAGUGGUCGACUUUUGUGCAAUAGUUUGGUUGGUUGAAAGAGGAAAUCCAACCCUGAGUGUCAGGUACAGGCAGUUCGCUCUGGUUCAGAAUCAGAUAAUGCGCUUUUUUAUUGUUUGUCCCCUGCACUAUUGUACUCCUUUAUGGUUUUCAUUUAGCCAUUUUGUAUCUCAUCUCUGCAUCAUACUGUGGCCUUGCAUUGCUUCAUUAGAAAAACAAUCCUUGUGGUAUCUUCUACAUUCUGUAGGAACAGUAGAUGUAAAUGUUUGUACAUUGUACAGCACCUUUAUAAAUACUUGCUGAGUGCUCUUUUGGGGAGAAAAAAUAGAGGUAUAUUAAAUUGUUCCAUUAUUUUUUUAUGUAAAAAAAGAGAGAAAAUAUUUAAAAAUGGAUUGAAAAGGAUAGACUAUGACCUUGACAUGGUAUUGCGUUCAUGCACUGAAAAAUAAAGUUUUGCUGAAAACAC